AUGAGUUCUCGUACGCCUCCAACUUUCCUUCUGGUACCGGGCGCCUGGCAUCGUCCAUGGUCUUUCGACCUUUUGCGCGAUGACCUCCACGGCCGGGGGUUCAGUACUGAAACGGUUACACUGGCCGGCGUGGGUAGCACCGAUGCGAACGUGGGAUUGGAACAAGACACGGCAGCCGUCCGCACCGAGCUGCAGAAACUCGUCGACGACGGGCGUGAGGUUGUCGUGGUUGCGCAUUCUUAUGGCGGCGUCCCUACUGCGAACGCGGUAGAGGGCUUCAACUACAAGGCUCGAGUUGCGCAGAGCAAGACGGGCGGUGUUCUCAUGGUCGUGUACAUGGCCUCUUUUGCCAUUGGUGCCGGGUCAGCUCUUUCCGACGGCGCGGGCUCAGUGCCCUGGUGGGACGUCAAGGACGGCUUCAUCUCACCUCUCUAUCCGAUCUCCGUAUUUUAUGCCGAUGUCGAGCCCGGCCUCGCUACCAAGGCCGUCGAGGCCCUACGUCCACAGCCUUUCAAGACCUUCCAAGACAAAUCAGGCUUCGAACCUUGGAACGAAGGGUUUGAGAUGGGCUACAUCUUUGCUGAAAAUGACCAAGCCAUACCGCUUGAUUUGCAGAUCAUGAUGGCCUCUCAAUUUUCUCCCAGCUCUUUCACAGAUAGCCUUUCGGCCAGCCACUCGCCGUUCCUCAGUAUGCCCAAAGACCUUGGGGAUGCCCUGCAGCAAGCGGCUAAAACGGCUGUCGCAAAGACAGAGGGCUUGAGAUAG